AUGGACUCUUUGUCAGUGGUUCUGCCUGCGCUGUCUCGUCAGAAAAACUUCGACAGCUACCUGCCGGCGAACCAUCAUAUCGGUGGCUUCGACUGGAGCCUCACCUUCGGCUGGAAAGCGCUCAUCGAGUCACGGAACAAGUCGUACAUCUACCCGAACCCGUACCCAACGCCGGCACUCUCCGGUGGGAUCUUCGCCCUCUGGAAGGACAAUUGGGAGCACAUGGGAACCUACGACACCAACAUGACUGAGUGGGGCGGCGAGCACAUCGAGAUGUCCCUUCGGGCUUGGCGCUGCGGCGGCCGCAUCGAGAUUGUGCCCUGUUCUCGCAUGGGCCAUGUCUUUCGUGCUAAAAACCCGUACGUCGUCCACGUGCCCGAGGUCAUGAAGAACACCAAGCGCGCAGCUUUGGUGUGGCUGGACGAGUAUCUGGAGGACUACUACAAGAAGGUGCCCUAUGCUCGCAGAGUUCAGGCUGGCGACGUUUCGGAGCGCCUUCGCGUCAAG